AUGAUGGAGAAAUCUGGGUAUGGCCGUGAUGGGAUUUACAGGUCCUUAAGGCCGCCAUUAAUUCUCCCCAAAGACCCCAACCUCUCUAUGGUCUCAUUUCUAUUCAGAAACAUUUCUUCUUUUCCUGAUAAACCAGCACUCAUUGAUUUUGACACUGGCCAAACCUUAACUUUCAUCGAAUUCAAAUCCGUAGUUUCCAAGGUUUCUUAUGGUCUCCUCCAAUUGGGCAUCAAGAAAAAAGACGUGGUUCUCAUUUACUCCCCUAAUUCAAUCCAGUUCCCAAUUUGUUUUUUUGGAAUAAUUGGGAUAGGAGCCAUAGCCACCACUGUGAAUCCCAUUUACACUCUCUCGGAACUAUCCAAACAGGUCCAAGAUUGCAAGCCUAAGGUUAUCAUCACUGUCCAAGAAUUAUUGCCCAAAGUGAAAGAUUUUAAUCUGCCAGUUAUUCUGUUGGGCACAGAUAAAAGGCCAUUAGAACCCAUUGGGAAGAUUCCUAUUAUCAAAUUAUUUACUGAACUAGUGAAAAAUGAAGGGUCAGUGGAUUUGGAUUAUGGGAUUAUUAAGCAAAAUGAUACGGCGGUAUUGCUGUACUCAUCCGGAACCACGGGCACAAGCAAGGGCGUAAUACUCAGUCACAGGAAUUUCAUCGCAGCAUCGCUAAUGGUUACUGCUGAUCAAGAGUGGGCAGGAGAAAUGCACAAUAUGUUUUUGUGUGUACUGCCAAUGUUUCAUGUAUUUGGGCUGGCAGUAAUCAUGUAUGCACAGCUGCAGCGUGGGAAUUCGGUUGUGUCAAUGGCUAAAUUCGAUUUGGAAAUGAUUUUGAAGGCAAUUGAAAAAUAUAGGGUGACACAUCUCUGGGUUGUUCCACCAAUUAUACUGGCAUUGGCAAAAAAUAGUGUGAUCAAGAAGUAUGAUUUAUCUUCUUUAAAGCAGAUAGGGUCCGGGGCUGCCCCUCUUGGGAGUGAGUUGAUGCAAGAAUGUGCAAAGAAUUUCCCUCAGGCUAUCGUUAUGCAGGGCUAUGGUAUGACUGAAACUUGUGGAAUAGUCUCAAUUGAGAACCAACAUGUAGGGCCUAGGCACUCCGGGUCAACAGGAAUGCUUUCUCCUGGUGUGGAAUCUCAAAUUGUUAGUGUUGAUAAAUUAAAGCCUCUUCCUCCAGGCCAGUCGGGGGAAAUAUGGGUGCGUGGGCCCAAUAUGAUGCAAGGUUAUUUCAACAAUUCACAGGCCACUAGACUCACUAUAGAUAAACAGGGAUGGGUACAUACUGGAGAUAUUGGAUACUUUGAUGAAGACGGUCAACUAUAUGUCGUGGACCGUAUUAAAGAACUCAUCAAGUACAAAGGUUUUCAGAUUGCACCAGCAGAACUUGAAGGGCUCCUUGUUUCUCAUCCUGAAAUCUUAGAUGCUGCAGUCAUUCCGUUUCCUGACGCUGAAGCUGGUGAAGUCCCGAUUGCAUAUGUUGUCCGCUCUCCAAAUAGCUCACUGACUGAAGAAGAUGUACAGAAGUUUAUCGCAGAUCAGGUUGCACCUUUUAAAAGAUUGCGAAGGGUGACAUUCACUAACAGCGUCCCAAAGUCGGCAUCUGGGAAAAUACUCAGAAGAGAACUUAUUGCAAAGAGAAAUUAUAAAACAGAGCAAAAGCAAUCUCAAUUCUUUGUCCUCAAGAUGGUUUCGGACGCAAGCAAGAAGAAGGCGGCGCAGAAGAAGGCAGCGGCUGCGGCCAAAAGAGGAGGGAAAGGGGCGGCAGCUUUGGCAUCAUCUAAGGCGGCAACGGCAGCUGAAAACGGAAGCAAGAGUGAUAAUUUGGAGAACGGAAUUGAGACACUUCAGAUAUCUGAUCGGACGUGUACAGGAGUUUUGUGUUCGCAUCCGUUGUCCAGAGAUAUCCGGAUAGAAUCUCUCUCACUCACUUUCCAUGGCCAUGAUCUUUUAGUUGAUUCUGAACUGGAACUUAAUUAUGGCAGACGUUAUGGUUUGCUUGGGCUGAAUGGCUGUGGGAAGUCUACUCUUCUUGCUGCGAUUGGGUGCCGGGAGCUUCCCAUUCCAGAACACAUGGAUAUUUUUCACCUUACCAGGGAGAUUGAAGCUUCCGACAUGUCUUCACUUGAGGCUGUUAUAAACUGUGAUGAGGAGAGGUUGCAAUUAGAGAAAGAAGCUGAAGCUUUGGCUGGACAGGAGGAUGGUGGCGGAGAACAACUUGAACGCGUUUAUGAACGUUUGGAAGCAAUUGAUGCAUCAACUGCUGAGAAGCGAGCUGCCGAGAUCUUAUAUGGUCUUGGUUUCACCAAGAAAAUGCAAGAAAAGAAAACAAAAGAUUUUUCUGGUGGCUGGAGGAUGAGGAUUUCUCUAGCAAGAGCUCUAUUCAUGAAUCCCACCAUUUUGUUGCUCGAUGAGCCUACAAAUCAUCUUGACUUGGAGGCCUGUGUUUGGUUAGAGGAGACGUUGAAAAAAUUUGAUCGCAUUCUGGUUGUGGUUUCACAUUCACAGGAUUUUCUGAAUGGAGUCUGCACCAAUAUCAUCCAUAUGCAAAAUAAGAAAUUGAAACUCUAUACUGGUAAUUAUGACCAAUAUGUUCAGACCCGUGCUGAACUCGAAGAGAACCAGUUGAAGCAGUACAGGUGGGAGCAGGAACAGAUAGCUUCAAUGAAGGAAUAUAUUGCACGAUUUGGACAUGGGUCUGCCAAACUAGCUCGUCAGGCCCAGAGCAAGGAGAAAACUUUGGCAAAGAUGGAGCGUGGUGGGCUCACAGAGAAGGUGGUCAAGGACAAGGUUCUGGUUUUCCGGUUUCCAGAUGUGGGGAAACUUCCACCACCUGUUCUACAGUUUGUGGAAGUAUCAUUUGGCUAUACUCCUGAUAAUCUCAUCUACAAGAACCUUGAUUUUGGUGUAGACCUUGAUUCAAGAGUAGCACUUGUUGGACCUAAUGGAGCUGGGAAGAGUACACUGUUGAAGCUGAUGACAGGGGAUGUAGUUCCUCUUGAUGGCAUGGUCCGCCGGCACAACCAUUUGAGGAUUGCACAGUUCCAUCAACACUUGGCCGAGAAACUUGACAUGGAAUUGUCAGCUCUAGAGUUCAUGAUGAAAGAGUACCCUGGAAAUGGGGAAGAGAGGAUGAGGGCAGCAGUGGGGAAGUUUGGGCUAAGUGGUAAAGCUCAAGUGAUGCCCAUGAAGAACUUGUCAGAUGGACAAAGGAGCCGUGUGAUUUUUGCAUGGUUAGCUUGGAGGCAGCCCCACAUACUGCUUUUGGAUGAACCUACUAACCAUUUGGAUAUUGAGACAAUCGACUCACUGGCUGAGGCAUUGAAUGAAUGGGAUGGUGGCCUUGUUCUAGUGAGCCAUGACUUCAGGCUCAUAAACCAGGUGGCCCAUGAGAUUUGGGUAUGUGAGAAUCAGACUGUCACAAGGUGGGAGGGGGAUAUCAUGGACUUCAAGAAGCAUUUGAGGGCAAAGUCUGGUUUGUUUGAUUGA